AUGUCACCUUUCUGAACCAUAUAUUCGAUUUAGAGAAAUUUAGCAGCCGUUCUGAUCAUUUUCGAUCUCCGUUGUUGGUUUUUUGGAAAGCAUUUUGCGGUGGUCAGAUGGAAGGGACUACAAGAAAAAGAAGCUUGCUAAAAGUCAUUGUCCUUGGUGAUAGUGGGGUGGGAAAGACAUCUUUGAUGAAUCAAUAUGUUUAUAACAAGUUCAGUCAACGAUAUAAAGCUACAAUUGGUGCUGAUUUUGUGACAAAAGAAGUACAGAUUGAUGAUAAACAGGUCACUUUACAGAUUUGGGAUACAGCAGGGCAGGAAAGGUUUCAAAGUCUAGGGUCUGCAUUUUAUAGAGGGGCCGAGUGUUGUGUUCUUGUAUAUGAUGUAAAUGCACAUAAAUCAUUUGAAACACUGAACACUUGGCGUGAAGAAUUCCUUAAACAGGUAGAUCCGGCUGCGCCCGGCAACUUUCCCUUUAUAUUACUUGGAAAUAAGAUUGACAAAGAUGGUGGAAACAGCCGAGUGGUUUCUGAAAGGCAAGCUAAGGAGUGGUGUGCUUCCAGGGCAAAUAUACCUUACUUUGAGACCUCAGCGAAAGAGGGCUACAAUGUUGAUGAAGCAUUUCUCUGUGUUGCUAGAGCUGCACUAGCUAAUGAACAAGGAUGGGAUUUAGACAGCUACUUCCAGGGUAUCUCAGAAUCUCUAUCAGAUAUUGAACGGAGAGGAUCUUGUGCAUGCUAAAGUUAGUUCCCAUGGAUUGGAUCCUUCUACGAAGCAUCUACGGCUGUUAUAAUUCUUUUCAUUGCUGUUGUUGUUAUUACCAAUUUAUUUUUGGGUGAUAGGAGGAGGUGUUUGAUCUUUUUCAAGUAUUCUAAUAUACAUCCGUAUAGUUAAUAGGUGGUAAUUAUGCUGCUUAAUCGACAAAGCGAUCAAGUUCGUGUGACAUAAAAACCUGCAAAUUCUUGUACUCGAUGGACAUUCAUUCAAGCAUGCAUGUUUGUCUGCAAAGUUGUAAGUUAUCACUGUUUUCUGAGCAAGGUGUA